AUGAGGGUGAAGGUGUUAUCGCGAAAUCCAAGUGAUUAUCAGCGAGAAACGAAAAAUGAUAUUUAUAAAGCUCCACGGAACUUUAGUUUGCCGGAGGAUCCGUUUCAGGUUCAAGUGGAGUACACACGAGCGGUGAAUGCUGCUAAACUGAACAGGGUCUUUGCAAAACCAUUCAUUUCAAGUUUAGACGGUCACAAUGACGGUGUUUCAGUGCUUUGCAAACAUCCUCUUAGAUUAACAACGAUUUUCUCUGGUGGUAGAGAUGGUCAGGUACGGAUAUGGAAUUUAGCGUUGCAUAAAUGCCUGACAACGAUACAGGCACAUAGUGGGCCUGUUAAUGGGAUCUCAUGUGAUAAUCUUUCGGGUGAAACCUUUGUGACAGUUGGACACGAUUCACAGUUGAAACAUUGGAAAUGUCCAGAUCCAGUUGAAGGCGAUCUCUCAGAACCGGUACAUUCGAUACCUCUUAAUGGUGUUGCUCAUGCUGUUUCACACAUUGUGAAUAGUACUGACUACGUUACGUGCGGCGAUGGCAUACAUGUAUGGAAUAAGUUAAGGGAUUCUCCGAUCCGAAUAUAUAACUUGGGGGUAGAUUCAGUUUAUACAGUAAAAUGCAAUCCUGUCGAAACAGAAAUUAUAGUGGGUUGUGGUAGUGAUCGGACGAUUGCAUUACUGGAUACAAGGCAGAAAUAUCCAUUAAAAAAAGUGACGAUGAAAUUGCGUCCAAAUGCGGUAAGCUGGAAUCCAAUGGAAGCUUUUACAUUCACAGUCGCAAAUGAUGAUUACAACUUAUAUACGUUCGAUAUUCGGAGGCUAACUGAUCCUCGGCGCGUAUACAAGGGCCAUACAAAUGCAGUGAUGGAUGUUGAUUAUUCACCUACAGGAACUGAAUUUGUUUCUGGAAGCUAUGAUCGUUCAUUAAGGAUAUUUCCCGUCGAGUCAUUUAGUAGCAGGGAAAUAUACCACACCAAACGAAUGCAGCAGGUGCUUUCUGUGUUAUGGUCACUAGAUAACAAGUUUGUGUUAUCUGGUUCUGAUGAAAUGAACAUUCGCUUAUGGAAAGCAAAUGCAAGUGAGAAAUUAGGUCCGUUACACCGACGUGAGCGUGCAGCAUUUAAUUACAAUGCGCGGUUGUUGGAAAUUUAUGGUGAACAUCCUGAAGUUAGACGAAUUGUGAAGCGUCGUUUCGUUCCUAGAUCAAUUUAUACAGCUACAAAGGAGCACCAAACAAUAAGGCUGUCACAGCGGCGUAAAGAAGAAAAUAAGAGAAAGCAUUCGAAACCUGGCGCUGUUCCAUAUGUCCCCGAGCAUUUAAAACAUAUGGUGAAGGAAUCUAAUAUGUCGUGA